AUGGCGGCGUACGAGAAGCGGCGGGCGGCCGCCGCCCAGGGGCCGGCGGGGGGCAGCGGGCUGGCGGACGCGGCGGACUUCCUGCUUCGAGCCGGCGUCACGGCCAUGGUGCGCGAGGCGCUGCUGAAGGUGCUGGAGGCGCGGCCCGCCGAGCCCGUGUCCUUCCUGGCCGAGUACUUCGAGCGGCUGGUGCCGGCGGAGGCGGCAGCGGAGCCGCCGGGGCCGCCGCAGCGCCUGGCCCGGGCGCUGUGGUACGUGCGCCUGGCUCACCACUCGCACAGGACGGCUUUCGACAGCAACGCCGGUGCGGCCUACGAGGUGCUGGGGUGCGGCGGGCGGCGGCGGGCGGCAGGCGUGGACGGGCGGCUCUACAGCGAGCUGCUGCGGCGCAUCUGCCAGCGCGGGGCGGCCCCGGCCGAGGCGGCGGCUGCGCUGCUGCGCCGCGUCCGCUGCCGCGACCACGAGGCCGUCCCGUUCGACGUGUUCCGCUACGGCGUCCUCACCUGCUGCGUGCUGCUGGAGUUCGCGGCCAAAGCCGACGCGCUGUUCGCCGUGCUGGGCGGCGGCGGCUCCGCGGACUCCAGGCUGUGCCAGGCUGUGCUGCGGGCGCUGGAGGACGCGCUGGGCGCCGGGCACGGCCUGCGGCCUGGCCGCUACUUGGAGGCGGGCUCCCGGCUGGGCCCCGAUGGGCUAGCCCUGGCCAUGGACCGGGCGCUGCAGGAGAGGAAGCUCGGCUCAUCCAUGAGCAGGGAGGAGUUCCUGAGGAAAGCCACCGCGCUGUUCAUUGCAAAGGUGAAGCCUGUGGAGUGAUGUUGAGUGGGAGCAGCGCUGGCUGCGGCCGCUGUUGACCCCACAGGACCUCCACUGAGCUGAACGGUGAGCAUGGGGGGCUGGUCGGGCACUGGCUGGAGAGCCUGGGUUUGCCCGACAAGAGAUUGCCCAUUUCCACGCCCCUCCCCUGUUCGUGCUCAGCAGGAACUGUGCUCAGCAGCUCUGUGCCCCUGCCCAGCCGUGGCUCCUCUGGCCCAGCCGCAUUGGGAAGUCCCUUUCAGGUGUUGUCCAGAACUGGCACAAGGACUAUGACCUGCAGGGCAGCUCUGGGCAGUGAAUCAAGCCAGAAGGAACGAAGCUGGGCCAUGGCUGCAUGGGGACAGCUCCAUGAGACAUGGAGCGUCAUAUCUGGACAAGACACAUCCCCUCCCCCUGGGACAGGGUUUGCUUUGGCACCAGCUGCGUGUCAGGCCAGGGGUUAUUUAUUUGAACUUGUCUGUUUGUUAUUUAUACUGUGCAAUUGCUGGUUUGCUGUAAGACAUUAAAGCUUUUUAUUAUUU